AUGACCUCGGACAAUUACGCGGUCUUCCGCGAAUGUUUCUCAAAUGCCAUCGUCGCUCGCUCAGAGGGUAAAUCAAGAACAUCCAAACGAAAAUCCAAAGGCAAACGCAAUGCCCGCAAAGACGUGACAGAAGACAUCUCAACGGAACGAGCAAACCCAGAAGAGCUCGCCGAAUUCGUCGACUUCCUCGCCUCAGAAACCUUCACCUCCUUCCCGGAAGCCCUCCAAAACCUCAACUACUCCGCAACCCAACACGAUCCAACCCUGACAACCCUCUACGUCCCCCCAGACGCAGACACCCCUUUAGACCGCACGACCCUUGAAACCCUAUGCACCCCAAUCCCCCUCUCAGUAACGGACUCACUAGCAGUCUAUGGCAUAAUCCCAGAUGCAGCCGACCUCCCGGACUUCCUCUCGCCAAUCCUAUCAGAACGCGUGCGAGAUCUGUGA